GUGCGCUCUAUCCUCCUAUCAGUGCCGCAGGAAAAGCGCAGAGAAGACGCCUCGGAGAGAUAGAGGGAGAGAGGAAAACAGUUAGAAGAGAGAAAGCCGAACAACAACAUGGAUCCAAACCGCGUCUUUAGUUAAUGUGUGAAAACGUCCCGCUGCUGUUGGCCUGUUAGCUCUCCUCCUCUGCCGCACAGCGGCUCCGUUAUGUCGGACAACCUGAGGAGAAUAUAACGUCAGGGAAUGGAGGAAAUCUUCAGAAAUCCUGCUGCUAAACUGCGCUGCGCUGUCGGGGUUUAAGGAUAUUACUGAAACAUCAAACUGAGGAUGGUGCUCGUGUGACCGAGGAGCGCCCCUGUCAGCUAUCCAACUCGUCGUGCCCUCCAACAACCACGACACACUCAAAGUUUUUCUCUCCAUUUUUUUUUUCCAGAAGAAGGGGGAAUUUUACUGCAUCGAAUUCCUCUGGACGGGAUGUCAUCCGCAGUCAGGAGGAAUUCCUCUGGCUGACUGAUCCUCCAGUUGCAGUGUAGUGUAGCGGGCUCCCGAGAGAGAGAGAGAGAGAGAGAUACAGAUAGAAGAUGGGAGAUCAUGCGGCAGAUGACAGAGGGUUGAGACGGACCUUCAUCGUCCCUGCCAUCAAGAGCUUCGAUCACUACGACUUUACCAGGGCCAAGAUCUCAUGCAGCCUGACGUGGCUGGUGGCCAAGGCUUUCGGAUCGGAUGCAGUACCAGAAGAGCUGGCCGAGCCUUUAUACAAGGACCAGUACAACCAGGAGCACCUGAAGCCUCCGGUAGCCUGCCUGCUCCAGUCCGCAGAGCUCUACUGCCGGGCGGGAAGCCUGAUCCUCCGCAGUGAUGCUGUCAAACCUCUACUGGGACACAACGCUGUCAUCCAGGCCCUGGCCCAGAAAGGCCUGUACGUCACUGACCAGGACCGACUGGUCACUGAGAGAGAUCUGACCAGCACGCCCAUACACAUGAGUUCCCAUCUGGCACUCAUAGAUACCCUGAUGAUGGCCUAUACUGUGGAGAUGGUGAGUGUGGAGAGGGUGAUGUCCUGCAUCAACAGGUACUCCUCAGCUGAACCCCUACACGGUGACGGACACAUCCAGGAGCUGCCUUAUGACACAGAGGAUGCCAUCGCCACCUGGAUCAACAAGGUGAAUGAACACCUGAGGGACAUUCUUGUCGAAGAGCAAAAGCUGAGAGAGGCUUACUUCCAGGAGUCAAACACAACAACACACAAAUCUCCUAGCAAAUGGUACUGGAGAUUAGUACCUGCUCGCUAUAGGAGGGAGCAUGCCCAGCAGAGGAGCGCUCCAUCGCUCCCCCUGGUGGAGAACCUGCUGAAGGACAACACAGACGGCUGUGCCCUGACCGCCGUGCUGCACUUCUACUGCCCACAGGCCGUCAGACUGGAAGAUAUCUGCCUCAAGGAGACUAUGUCUUUGGCUGACAGUCUGUACAACCUCCAGCUGGUGCAGGAGUUCUGCAGGAACAACCUCAACCACUGCUGCCAUUUCAGCCUGGAGGACAUGCUCUACGCACAUGCAUCCAUAAAGAGUAACUACCUGGUGUUUAUGGCUGAGCUUUUCUGGUGGUUUGAAGUGGUUAAACCGUCAUUUGUACAGCCCAGAGUCUUCAACCCUAACGCCUGUGAGCCUGUAUCAUCCUGUAGAAAAAUGGCUCCUGUGUCCAGUCCAGUUCAACAGAGCUAUGCAGAUAGACCUGGCAGUCCAGAGUACAUCCCUGCACAGGGUAUAAUGAAGAGGUCUACCUCCAUGUCCUACGUGGAUGGCUGUGUUGGGACAUGGCCCAAAGAAAAACGCUCCUCCUCUCGGGGAAUCUCCUUUGAGAUUCCUCUGGACGGAGACCUGACUGUGCUGCCCUGUGAAGCUCCCUCCCUCAGCGGUAUGACUCGCUCAGCCAGCAGUGAUGGUCUUCAAAGUUUCAAAGUUCACUAUGCAUCCCGAGGGAGCAUGAAGCGCCACCUCUCCCUCAUGCCCGUUGAUGUCAACGGCCAGAGCAGACACAUACCUGAGGAGGACGAGGAGUUCACCUCCCUCAAACCCCUGGGGCGCAACAACACGUUCUCAGUCAAGGACCAAAGCAGGUACUCCAAUGGAGUCCUCCCGGACAGCAACCACAUCCCCAACAAUCACCAUGGCAACCAUAGUGGCCACAUCAGCCCAUCAACUCCUCCAAGCAUUGAGGAGGCCCUGAAGAUUAUUCACGACACAGAAAGGCCCCAUGCUAGCCUGGGUGUGGGGGAUGGAGACAAUGGCUUCUUUCUUCACGGCGCCGAGCCUUGGGGCCCUUCAGACCCUCCAGGGGCCCAGGGUCAAGGAGACGACCCGGACUCAGCUAAGGCUCGGCUGAACGACCACGACCUCAACUCUGUAUCCACUGAUGAAGUUGACACAGGCAUCCAUGUGAGGACAGAGGACAUCCAGAGCUUGGAUGAGGACUCCUCCUCUCUGAGAGACUAUUCAGAUAUAGACCCAGAUUGUGAGGCCAUGACCCGGUCGUGCCCUCUGCCCGACCAGCCGGACAGGGAGAAAAGCAGGGAAGGAGGACGGAAAGGGCUCGGUGAUGCUGACGCCGAGGAUGAGAGGGGAGAUACAGGUGACAGGAGCAGCCCCUGUCCCAGUUCAGCACCCACAAUCCCCAGGUCCUACACAGUCAGCCCCGUCUCGUCCUCCGGAGGCUCUGGAGGCGGCAGGGUCCGGAUGACCAGCUUUGCAGAGCAGAAGUUCAGGAAGCUGGAGGGAAGGAGUAGUGGAGGAACCACGCCAGAGAGUUCAGAUCUCAAUGUGCCGUAUACACACCUGCCAAGAAGCAUUUCUUCUCAGAUGUCUACACCUCCUUUGCCAAUCACAUCUCCCUCUCCAGUAACACCUUCCCCCAGAGACCCCUCCCACCUCAUAGCCUCAGAGAUGAUUCAGCUGAGGAUGAAGCUGGAGGAGAAACGGAGAGCCAUCGAAGCCCAGAAGAAGAAGGUGGAAGCAGCUUUCACCCGCCAUCGUCAGAGGAUGGGCAGAACAGCCUUUCUGAAUGUAGUGAGAAGAAAAGGAAUCACUGCCCCUCUCAGCCCCAGCUCAGGGGACGCAGAGACGCCUUCUCCAGAGCCACUCACAGCCUCAAAGGAAAGCAGCCAGGCCAGCAUGGAGCGGGCCGAGAGAUGCAAGCCAGACGGAGCAGCUCCGAAAUCCCCCUGUGAGGAUGGUGGAGGUGUGGCUCCGGGAGAAAUCGACCUUACAGAAUACACACGCUCCAUUGAGAGGCUGAACACGUCGCUGGGCUUCCUGCAGACAGAGAUGCAGCGUUUGUCCCAGCAGCAGGAGACCAUCAUGUCCAUGAGAGAGCAACAGCAACGAGCCUGGGUCAUUCCUCCCCCUGCUCCAUCUCCACACAGGCAGCUCCGUGAGUUGCGUAGCAGCAGUGUAACAGGUCGGGGAUCAGGCCGAGGCUCUGUUGGCUCUUUAUCUCCCAUCCUUUCUUCUUCCGGCUCUCCCCGCGCUCCCAAUCAUUCCCCUGCUGGCCUUAAGCGCCGGCCGGCCUCCUUCCAUGCCAGGACACCUAGGACUCCCCGACCAAACGAUCUGAAAGUCACACCCUUCAGUCGAAUGCUCAACACCCCCACCUCUGUGGACAGCCUACCCAGACUGAGGCGUUUCACCCCCAGCCAACCCCAGAUCAGUGCGUUUGCUUAUCUGGGCCACGAUGAGGGGCCUCGGGAAAGCGAGAACCAAGAGGCCAAAGACAACAGAGAAAACACUGAGGACAAAGAAGAAGCAGUGGUAAAGAAGAGUGCUGGCACUCCUCAGCCAUCUACUACAGAAGCAGCCAAAGAGAAGGAAGAUGAGCGACAGGAGGGAAGAAAACAGGCAGAGCGAGCUCAUUCCAAGGGUGGAGUCAAGCAAACCAGGUCAUCGGAGGUGUUGUGUCAACCGGUGUCUGAGAUCCAAGGGCCCACAGGCAGCCGGGUAAAGGGAGACGCCCAGGACAGAAGAGACCUGGUGGAGGUGCCUCUGUCUGGACCGAAACCUCCUGGACGACCACCGCACCGUCAGGAGAUGACAGGAGGGACAGAGGCAGGAGGAGACAUGUACGGAGAAGACCAAAAGAUCUGCUGUGGAUUCUUCUUCAAGGACGAUGUGAAAGGGGAAGAGGACAUGGCAGCAAAGAAAGCAGCUCUGCUGGACAAGAGGCUGAGGAGGGAGAAGGAGACGCAGGAGAAGAAGCAACAGCAGGAGCUGGACCAGGAGCAGAAGAAGGAAGCUGCACGGUUGAAAGCCGAGGAGGAGCAGCUGAAGAAGGAUGAUGAGAAGGCGAGGAGGGAUUACAUCAAGCAUGAAUAUAUGAGGAGGAAGCAGCUCAAGCUGAUGGAAGACAUGGACCAAGUCAUCAAGCCUCGAUCUGGAAGUCUCAAGAAGAAGCCCCGGCCCAAGUCCAUCCACAGGGACGUCGUGGAGACUACACCCCCCGUUAGAGCGACAGGGGUGCGUCCUCGAGGCUUCUCAGUAUCAAGUGUUUCUUUGGCGUCUCUCAAUCUGGCUGACAACGACAGAGAUCAGCCAAAUAACAGGAAGAACAACAGAGGCAAUAAAGUGUCCCAUAUCCCGUUCUAUCUAAGCUCUCCCAAAGACAGAAAGGGAAGGCCAGACUCUGCAGAAGGUUUCUCUUCUUGUCCUUCGACUGGUAGUCGUAACGGAGAGAAGGAUUGGGAAAAUGACUCCACCACCUCAUCCACUCCCUCCAACAAUGAGUACACAGGACCCAAACUUUACAAGGAGCCCAGUGCCAAGUCCAACAAGCACAUCAUCCAGAACGCCCUGGCUCACUGCUGCCUGGCUGGCAAAGUCAACGAGGGGCAGAAGAACAAGAUACUUGAUGAAAUGGAGAAAUCCGAAGCCAAUAACUUCCUUGUGUUGUUCCGUGACGCCGGAUGCCAGUUCAGGUCUGUGUACGCCUACUGCCCCGAGACGGAGGAGAUCACCAAACUGGCCGGCAUCGGGCCGAGGAGCAUCACAACCAAGAUGAUCGAGGGCCUGUACAAGUACAACUCGGACAGGAAGCAGUUCAGCCAGAUCCCAGCCAAAACCAUGUCCGCCAGUGUGGACGCCAUCACCAUCGCCAGCCAUCUGUGGCAAACCAAGAAGCAGGGGACGCCCAAAAAACUGCACACUAAGUAGCACCAGAUGGCCGGGGGAAGAUUUGGACACGCUUCUCUGGAAUGAACACAGAAGAAGUUGCGGAUUUUACUUUUUCAUUAAAAGGACGCACGAUCCCACUGUAACAAAUCACAACUGGAAUGUAGAACACAAGUGGGCCUCACAGACGUUGAUGUUGUUACAGAGUUGUUACAAUCUGGACUACUUAAAUGGGGCACGAGUGUGUACUGUAUGUCAGCAUGUGUAUCAAUGUUCUCAUGUGCCAAAAAAAAAAGAGAGGAAAACAAUAGGCGGACCAAUGCCUUACCUAGUUGAACCACUGAAGCACUGAAUGUUUGGUUUCUAUAAGUUAAUCAUGUGUGGCCUUAUGCUUGUUUUGUGUCAUAUGGAUGCGCUGUGAGUGUUAGUGUGAUUUUGUCAGCGCUUGUUGUAAAAAGUCUGUUGUGAUACAGGAGAGCUUGUGUACUCACAGGUCUGGGAUCAGACCCCCCAACCCCCCCUUCAAGCCCAGGUUGAUAUAAGGGUGGCCUGUCUGAUCUGUGAUCAGGUAGAGGCAGCAUUCUUGAUGAGUUUUGCUGCUAUACAGGUAUGUUUUUUAACAUGUGACUGAAAAACAUAUAAAAAGUUCAAAUUUGUGUAUGUGUGUGUAUAGUGAAGUGCCAAGACGAGUACAAAUUCCUCAGUUGGUGAUUGCAAUUGCAAAGUGUGAAAUGAUGAGAGUAUUGAGCAUACAGACUACCAUGAAAAACAAUUCUGGAAAGCACCUGCAAUAGACUCUUAAUUUAUUUCAUUUUGAUAAUGCUUUGAAGACAUUUUGAUCUUAGAUUUUAUUCAGAGAAACAUAAUAUACUGUACAUAAAUAAGUUAAAUUAGUUUGUAUAGGAUGGCAGAUCCAUUGGAAAUGAACGAGUCCGCUUGUGGUAGCUUUUAUAAUUUAUCAUGUGCGUGUAUUGGUAUGUUGUCGUUUGGGGCCUUUAAUUGUGCUACAAAUGCAAAAAAAGUGUGAUCACUCAACAGUAUCACUGGGAAGACGGUCAUCAGUAGUAGAAUAGACGGAUGUCCCACCCUGUGUCAUCAGUCUGUGCAAUUUAAGAGUAAUUUAAUCACCAUUGUUCAUGUUGCAGUUGGAACUAACAAAUACUCAAAAUGCCACUUUCAUGUGGAUAUUGUCUUACCUUUUAGAUCUUGAUUACCCUCAAAGUAGUCCACAAUUGUAAAUACAUGAAUUCACCUAUGAUAGCGCUUCAAGACCCAGUCCACUCUGGGUCGUUGAGUUGUGUCCGCUUCAGGACUGUCAUGCUUUUUACUUUACUUUCACAUUACUGUUACAUUUUUUGUUAUCAUGUUCCUUCCUCAGUUUGUGUUGGCACUGUACAGAUAUAUUUUGGCAUAAAGAAGUAUUUUUUGUAAUGACAUUGACCUGUUGGAGGUGUGUACUAAUGAUGCACAGUACAGUUGUUGAAGCAAGUAUGUUGAAAGCAAAGGCAAGGUAUAUAAAGUCUUAAUUGAUGAGGCUUUAUUGUGGUAUUGUAUGAAAAUCCUUAAGUAUACUGAGAAAAUCAUAGUUUUUUUUUCCAACUCUGAAUCCAUAUUUGUUUGCAGUUUACUAAAUAUGCUCAACUGUUCAUUGGUUUUGGUUGUUUUUCUAUUACUUGAGCUUUAUUAAAAUGCCAGCUAUCAACAGUA